AUGAAAGUGUUUACGUGUGAAGAUAUUGCGCAUGAGGGAGAAACCAUUUAAGGAUUUUGUUUAAAUUUGAGAUGUUAAGAUUCAAGACCUCAGUUCUGUCUAUAAUGUAGAUUUGAUCUUAAGAAGCAUUCUAAUUGCUAGAAAGAUCUAAAAGGAUUUGGUUAAAUUUAAAGUUUUAUCACGAAAUUCAAUUAGAAUAUACUUGAUUUAGCAACAUAAUUGAAUAAAUCCUUUGCUAAAGUUAAAAGAGAAUAUGAAGAAUUCUCAAAAUAAUUGGAGAACAUGAAAACAUAAUUAAUUAAGAUAUCUGAAUGUUUAAGCUAAUAAGAUUAUUUAUAAAUGAAAGCCAAUUUGUAAGUGAUUAAAGAAUGGUACCAAUAUUUAAACAAUUAAGAGGAGAUUAUGAAGUAGAAUUAAAUUGGUAUAUUAUCUAAGUAAUAUUUAUAGGAACUUAAUUAUUAUUAUCAUCUUGAACUUAAAUAUCAGAGUUAGAAUAAAAAAAAUUAUUUAGGCAAUGGAUUUAGAUAAAGGAUAAUAAUAAAUUUUAGAUAUUUAGCAAGAUAAUGAAAAUGGACUCUACUAAGGUAUUCAAGUAUUUUUAAAUAAUAUUAGGAAUUUAAUUACUAAAUUAGUAGAAAUGGUAGGAGGCUAAUGAAAAAAUUACUUAAUACAUAAACUUGUCAGAGAAACAACAAUCCUUGGGAACAUUCUUUAAAUGCAUUUUGAUUCUAUUAUAUAUAUAUAGGUAUUACUUUAAUUGAAAUGAACUAACCUGGGU